GCAAUGGAGUUUGUGCUGUCCUCUGGCUACCUCACCGCAAUGCGAAUUCCCAUCAGGACGUCAUGGUCAAGAUUCAUGAUGCUUUACACGUCCGAUCCGAGGCAAAGAGCAAGACUCGACCGUCCAUCUUCACACAGGUGCGUGCCCCAUGCAAGGAGCAAUGUCGUCUAUCCAAUUUGAGCCUGGUUUCACGGCCCGGCAGCGAUCCUGCAGCCCAUCAGACACCAACAGCGAGCCAGUCAGCCCACCACCAAGUCGAGAAUCUGCAGAAAACAGAGCCAAGAUCGACGCAGGGUGUCCUCACCGAGUCAUCCGAGCCUUUGGCGUACUUCCGGCACGCCGGUUGUGCCGCUCCCCUGCCUGCCCGGGUCAGCCCCAUACUCUGUGAGAUCCGGCAGGAGAGCUUCUCCACCCCCCAAAAAGGCCAUUCUGCCGCGUCCGCUUAUCUCAGGGUGCUCCUCCUUGGUAAACCACGCAUUUUGCAAAGUGGCAUGACAAAGCUUGGCUUUGGCUGUGCGCACAAUGGUUGUUCGGACCAGGCAUCUUGUGCGAUAUAGACUCCCGGAGCGGGUUCCCUGCUUGACAAGUCAUUUGUGAACCAGGCAGUUGUUGGGUAUUUCUUACCAAAAUGAGCUCUAUCCACCACAUAAGCGAUAUUUCCUAGAUGCCGGAAAUUCAGCUCGAAUUGGGGGAAGACUAAUGCGAACACGACAUACGAAG